GGCUGCCGGGAUUGGUACUGCCGGUGGGUCAGGGUUCGGCCUCAACAUGGCGGCUCCGGUGAGGCAGUGACCAAGGUUUUGCCAUCGGGAGGCUUACCUGGCGAUCGUCGGCGUCCCCGCCUGUCAGGACAGAAUGCGAAGACGCCGGGGGCAGCGCUGAGGAGCGACGGUGACGCGUCGGGGCCGGAGGCGUGUGCUGCUCCGGGGACCGAGGCGUCGGGGGCGUCGGCUCCGUCUACUGGUCUCCAGGCUCGGGUGCGGGGCCCCGCCCGGCCGGGCCAGGCCGGCGGGCGGCGGCGGUAGCUGCUGCAGCAGCCGGAGGCUCGGCCUCUGGAGAGGGGGCCGCGGGCGGGCGCCGCGAUGGCCCAGUGUGUCCAGUCAGUGCAGGAGCUGAUCCCGGACUCCUUCGUCCCCUGUGUCGCCGCGCUGUGCAGCGAGGAAGCCGAGCGGCUCACGCGACUCAAUCACCUCAGUUUCGCCGAGUUGCUUAAGCCCUUCUCUCGCCUCACUUCCGAGGUUCAUAUGAGAGAUCCUAAUAAUCAGCUUCACAUAAUUAAAAAUUUGAAGAUAGCUGUAAGCAACAUUAUCACCCAACCACCUCAGCCUGGAGCCAUUCGGAAGCUCUUGAAUGAUGUUGUUUCUGGCAGUCAGCCUGCAGAAGGAUUAGUAGCUAAUGUGAUUACAGCAGGAGAUUAUGACCUCAACAUCAGUGAUCGGUCAAUUAAGGCUAGUGUUCCUUGGUACAGUAAUUGGAAAGAAACAUUGAUGGAAUUGAAAGAAGCCUCAUUAUUUACAGCUACUACCCCAUGGUUUGAAUCUUAUCGAGAAACCUUUCUUCAGUCGAUGCCAGCAUCAGAUCAUGAAUUUCUGAACCACUAUUUGGCAUGCAUGUUGGUAGCAUCAUCUAGUGAAGCUGAACCUGUGGAACAAUUUUCAAAGUUGUCACAAGAACAGCAUCGAAUUCAGCAUAACAGUGACUAUUCUUACCCGAAAUGGUUUAUACCAAAUACACUUAAAUAUUAUGUACUUUUACAUGAUGUAAGUGCAGGAGAUGAGCAGAGAGCUGAAUCAAUUUAUGAAGAAAUGAAACAGAAAUAUGGAACUCAGGGUUGCUAUUUACUUAAAAUUAAUUCUCGAGCAUCUAAUCGAGCAUCAGAUGAACAGAUACCAGAUCCUUGGAGUCAGUAUCUCCAGAAAAAUAGUAUUCAAAACCAGGAAUCAUAUGAAGAUGGCCCUUGUACUGUAACUUCAAAUAAGAAUUCUGAUAGUAACUUGAUUUCAUUGGAUGGAUUAGAUAACGAAGUCAAAGUAGAUGGCUUACCAAAUAACUUUAGAGCUCAUCCACUUCAAUUGGAUCCAUCCAGUGAUCCUUCUAACAGCACUGAUGGCCCAGAUAAUUUAAAAUCUGCUUCAUUGCAUGAAACAAAGAAAACAAAUGCUGGAAUUACUCAUGGGGCAUGUUUAACCCUUACCGAUCAUGAUAGAAUUCGACAGUUUAUACAAGAGUUCACAUUUCGAGGCCUUUUGCCACAUAUAGAGAAAACAAUUCGGCAAUUAAAUGAUCAGUUAAUAUCAAGAAAAGGUUUGAGUCGAUCUCUGUUUUCUGCAACUAAAAAAUGGUUUAGUGGCAGUAAAGUUCCAGAAAAGAGCAUUAAUGAACUGAAAAAUACAUCUGGAUUGCUGUAUCCACCAGAAGCACCAGAGCUUCAAAUCAGGAAAAUGGCCGAUUUAUGUUUUUUGGUGCAGCAUUAUGAUUUGGCUUAUAGUUGUUAUCAUACUGCAAAGAAAGAUUUUCUUAAUGAUCAAGCAAUGCUUUAUGCAGCCGGUGCCUUGGAAAUGGCAGCAGUGUCAGCAUUUCUUCAGCCAGGAGCACCGAGGCCAUACCCUGCGCAUUACAUGGAUACAGCAAUCCAGACAUACAGGGAUAUCUGCAAGAAUAUGGUAUUGGCGGAAAGAUGUGUAUUGCUUAGUGCAGAAAUCUUAAAAAGUCAAAGCAAAUAUUCAGAAGCUGCAGCUCUCUUAAUACGGUUGACUAGUGAGCAGAACACAUGGAAGGGCAUGGAUUCUGAUCUUCGAAGUGCACUUCUUUUGGAACAGGCAGCACAUUGCUUUAUAAACAUGAAGAGUCCCAUGGUUAGAAAAUAUGCAUUUCAUAUGAUAUUGGCAGGCCAUCGGUUUAGUAAAGCAGGGCAGAAAAAGCAUGCUUUGCGUUGCUAUUGUCAAGCCAUGCAAGUUUACAAAGGAAAAGGCUGGUCUCUUGCUGAGGAUCAUAUCAACUUCACCAUCGGGCGCCAGUCAUAUACUCUUAGGCAACUAGACAACGCUGUGUCUGCUUUUAGACACAUUUUAAUCAAUGAAAGUAAACAGUCUGCUGCUCAGCAAGGGGCCUUCCUCAGAGAGUACCUUUAUGUUUACAAGAAUGUAAGUCAGCUGUCACCUGAUGGUCCUUUGCCACAGCUUCCUUUACCCUAUAUUAACAGCUCAGCAACACGGGUUUUCUUUGGCCAUGACCGACGACCAGCUGAUGGUGAAAAGCAAGCAGCUACUCAUGUAAGUCUAGAUCAAGAAUAUGACUCUGAAUCCUCUCAGCAGUGGCGAGAACUUGAAGAGCAAGUUGUAACAGUGGUUAAUAAAGGAGUAGUUCCAUCCUAUUUCCAUCCCACUCAGUACUGCUUGAACAGUUACUCGGAUAACUCACGCUUCCCACUUGCGGUUGUAGAAGAACCAAUAACAGUGGAAGUGGCUUUUAGAAACCCUUUGAAAGUUCCACUUUUGUUGACGGAGUUGUCUUUGCUUUGGAAGUUUCAUCCUAAAGAUUCCAAUGGAAAGGGUCUUGAAGAAGUUAAAGAACUAGUAAUGAAUGAACCUAAAAUGAUUGGAAGUGAAGUAAUUUCAGAAUUCUUAAUAAACAGUGAAGAAUCUAAAGUGGCAAGACUAAAGCUCUUUCCCCAUCACAUAGGAGAGCUGCAUAUUCUGGGAGUUGUUUAUAAUCUUGGCACUAUUCAGGGCUCCAUGACCGUAGAUGGCGUUGGUGGUCUUACCGGGUGUCAUACAGGAAAACAUGCCUUGAGUAUGUCAGUCCGAGGGAGGCAAGAUUUAGAAAUUCAGGGUCCUCGACUAAACAACACGAAGGAAGAGAAAACGUCUAUUAAAUAUGGUCCUGAUCGCCGUUUAGAUCCCAUAAUCACUGAAGAAAUGCCGCUCUUAGAGGUGUUCUUUAUACAUUUUCCUACAGGGCUCCUCUGUGGAGAAAUCCGAAAAGCGUAUGUGGAAUUUGUCAAUGUCAGCAAAUGUCCUCUGACUGGAUUGAAGGUUGUUUCUAAGCAUCCAGAAUUCUUUACUUUUGGUGGUAACACAGCUGUUUUAACACCGCAAAGUCCUUCUGCGUCUGAGAACUGUAGUGCUUACAAGACUGUUGUGACAGAUUCUACCUCUGUGUGUACUGCACUCGUAUCAUCAGCAUCUUCUGUAGACUUUGGCAUUGGCACAGGAAGUCAGCCAGAGGUGAUUUCUGUUCCCCUUCCUGACACUGUUCUUCUGCCCGGAGCGUCAGUCCAGCUACCAAUGUGGUUACGUGGGCCAGAUGAAGAAGGUGUUCAUGAAAUCAACUUUUUGUUUUACUACGAAAGUGUUAAAAGGCAGCCAAAAAUAUGUCACAGAAUUCUAAGGCAUACUGCAGUCAUUUGUACCAGCCGAUCUUUGAAUGUACGAGCCACAGUCUGCCGCAGUAAUUCUCUUGAAGAGGAGGGCAGAGGAGGGGAUAUGAUGGUCUUUGUGGAUGUGGAAAAUACCAAUACUAGUGAAGCAGGUGUUAAGGAGUUCCACAUAACACAAGUAUCAAGUAGCAGCAAACACUGGAAGUUACAGAAAUCCGUAAAUCUCUCAGAAAACAAAGAUGCCAGACUAGCCAGUAGGGAAAAGGGGAAGUUUUGCUUCAAGGCAAUACGAUGUAAAGAUAAAGAAGUUGCUACACAGUCCUCAGAAAAAUACACCUUUGCUGAUAUCAUUUUUGGAAAUGAGCAGAUAAUAAGUUCAGCAAGUCCAUGUGCUGACUUCUUUUAUCGAAGCUUAUCCUCUGAAUUGAAGAAGCCACAAGCCCAGCCUUCUGUGCAGACAGAGAAACAGGCAGUGGAUGAUGCUGUGAGAUUAAUUCAGAAGUGCAGUGAGGUGGAUUUGAACAUUAUUGUCUUGUGGAAGGCCUAUGUAGUGGAUGACAGUAAGCAGCUUAUUUUGGAAGGUCAGCAUCAUGUUAUUCUUCACACUAUAGGAAAAGAAGCCUUUUCGUAUCCUCAGAAACAGGAACCUCCAGAAAUGGAACUGUUGAGAUUUUUCAGGCCAGAACACACAGCAGUUCCUUUAAGACCAUCAGCAGAGCAACUUUCUAAUCUCAUUAAAACGAGUCUUCGUUAUCCUGAGUCUUUUAAUCAUCCAUUUCAUCAAAAAAGCCUUUGUUUAGUUCCAGUUACCCUUUUACUUUCCAAUUGUUCAAAGGCUGAUGUUGAUGUGAUCGUUGAUCUUCGGCAUAAAACAACAAGCCCAGAAGCAUUGGAAAUCCAUGGAUCAUUCACUUGGCUUGGACAAACACAAUACAAACUUCAACUUAAAAGCCAGGAGAUUCGUAGUUUACAGCUGAAAGCAUGCUUUGUCCAUACAGGUGUUUAUAAUCUUGGAACUCCUAGGGUGUUUGCCAAGUUAUCAGACCAAGUUAUGGUGUUUGAAACAAGUCAGCAGAAUUCUAUGCCUGCCCUAAUCAUUAUCAAUAAUGAAUGACAGCUUGCAAAUUUGUACUGAAAUCUACGUUGGUUUAUUUUACCAAAUGGGUUUUACAGCAGUAUUUGAAAUACCUAACUUAUUAUGGAGGUUGGUGUCAGAUCACUGCAAAAUACUUUGACUUGUCAAUUUGUUGAUGAUGUAAAGCACGUUGAACUGAGAAUGCUUAACAUUCUUUUUUUUGUAUUUCUUUAAAUCCUGGUAAAUAAUUUACAUGCUCAUUAUACAGAACUUCAACAUAUCCAUGCACCUUAUUAAGCCCCGUCUUAAAAACCAGUGUCUAAGUCAGCUGUUACAGCUUAUCAAUGCUUAACGAAUUUACAGAGAUAAUUUUGAGGAAAGAAAGGCCUUGUUGGCAAUACUCCUAUUAAGCCAUUAGUCUAUAAAUUCCAGCUUUACUGUGAAGUUCUAUAGAGUGUAAAGUAACAGAUUUUCUUGUCUCGCUUCACACUGUUCUCUCAAAUCAGUUUUGAACUUUGGUUUAUAAAGUCAUCAUACUUAAGUAUCUUGUCAUUCCAUUGGCUUAUACAAAAGUUUGUAAAAGACAAAAAAUUUUUUCUGAUGCUUUGAAUAUAGUUUUGAAAGGAGUUUCACCUUCUCCCCUCAUUCAUCUCAGCCUAGAGUGCACUAUUUCGCAAUAUGAGAUCUUGGUCAUUUAAAUUAUCAUAUUCUUUAUUAUGUAACUUUAAUAAUUGAGUUGACCUGUUCAAAAUAUAAAUCUACUCUAGUUAAUUAAAAAUAAGCUUUUCAGAAAUGUAUUAUAUUUAUAACAAAUGUAAAUAGAAUAAAGACAUGCUAUUCACUGUA